AAUUUGUGAAACACCGAGAGAAAGGUUCCUCCCACAACAUCUACUGAAAACAUGAACGAAAGGAGGAAAAAAAAGAUGGGGAAUUUGAGUCUGCUGCAAGGAUAGUGUGAUCCCAAGAUUGGCAAGGGACGAUGCUGCUGAUUACAAGAAAUAAUGGGACAACUCGAGCCCAGCUGACUGAAGACCUGGCUAAUUCUUGGGUAGCCAGGAAACAAGAAAAAAUAUGUACAUUGUCUACACUGUUUACUCUUCCAGAUAGCAGUGAGAAAAAUUAACACCCUGAAGCUGAGUCACUACAUUUCAGGAUCUUGACAGGAAAAACUUUAGUACUGACUUUUGGGGGAAAAUGAACUUCCUGUCAUCUUUGGUGACAUUUGAGAACCUCCGUGAGGUUCGGCGAUUGUUCCACUGGGGUCCAAUCAUAGCACUGUCUGUCAUUGCUAUAUGCUCCACGAUGGCAAUUCUGGACUCCAUCAUCUGGUAUUGGCCGUUAGACACUAAAGGAGGCAGCAUCAACUUCAUCAUGCUCAUCAACUGGACUGUUCUUAUCCUGUACAACUACUUCAAUGCGAUGUUUGUUGGGCCUGGAUACAUCCCUCUUGGCUGGAAACCAGAUAAACUCCAGGACAUCCAGUACCUACAGUUCUGUAGAGUAUGCCAAGGACAUAAGGCUCCCAGAUCCCACCAUUGUCGAAAGUGUAACAGGUGUGUGAUGAAGAUGGACCAUCACUGCCCUUGGAUCAACAACUGCUGUGGCCACCAGAACCAUGCCUACUUCACAAGCUUCCUGCUGCUGGCUCCAAUGGGCUGCUUGCACGCUGCCAUCAUUUUCAUUAUGACCAUGUACACUCAGCUCUAUGAGAGGAUCUCAUUUGGGUGGAGCACUGUCAAAAUCAACAUGAGCGCUGUGCGCAGUUUCCAACCUCUCAUGCCCUUUAGCGUGCCUGCCUUUGCUGCCACACUAUUUGCUUUAGGCUUGGCACUGGGCACCACGAUUGCUGUCGGCAUGCUGUUUUGCAUACAGAUGAAAGUCAUCCUUCGAAAUAAGACCUCGAUUGAGGCCUGGAUCGAGGAAAAGGCCAAAGACCGAAUUCAGCACUACCAAACAGGAGAGGAGUUCAUCUUCCCUUAUGAUCUUGGCAAGCGAUGGACGAACUUCAAGCAAGUUUUCACCUGGUCGGGGACACCCAAGGGUGAUGGCAUUGAAUGGGCAGUCCAUCCAAAGUGUCACCAGCACACCUUAACUAUUGAGCAGCUGAAGCAGAAAGCUGACAAACGAGUUAGAAGUCAGGUCCAGUACCAGGCAGUGGAAGACUAUAACGGAGCUUGCUGCCCUCUUAGCAAGGGUCUCCAAACAUUUUUCAGAACCCCCUGUACUGAAGAGCCAAGGAUCCCCCUCAGCAAAGGAGACACUAUCCUGGCUACACGUGGCACCAAAUGGUGGAUGUAUGGAGACAAACUUUUGAGUGAGGAGCAAAUGAGAGCAGGAGAUCGUGUGAGGGGAUGGUUCCCAAGACGAUGCGUGGAGAAGUGCCAUUAUGACACAGCUGCCAGUGAUUCCACCAGCGAUAAGAAAGCAAAUUAAUAUAAUUCAGCAGGCUUUAUGUAUAGCAGAGGAGUUACACACAAAAAAGGACCAAUAAUAUCAGUUUGUGUCCAUACAUGUAGAGACAUAAAUCUGGUUGUCAGGGAAAUGUCAGGCUUUCUGUCACAAACAUUUCUACUAUGAUCAUUGAUGUCAUACAUUUCAAUACAAAUUUGAAGUUAUCUUAAUUCUCUAAAUCUUGUCAGCGAUAUUGCUUCGCACAAACAAUGCCCUGAUGUAGAUUACAGUGUUCUCACCUUUUUGUUUUUCUUACAAGAACCAGUCCCAUGGGCUUAGUUUGACUCCUCUAACCACAUGUGCAACCCAGCAGAUGUCUUAAUUUCUGAGAAUUGCCCUAAAGGCUUUAAUGUGACUUCAUUGUGAUAUGACUUUUUACUUGAAUCUAUUGUUUUUACUUGUGUUGAUGUCUGUUUUGCUAAUUAUGCAAUGCUCUGCCCAGCUAACCUGAGGGCUUCAUCAUGCAACUCUUUUUACAGUAUAAAAAUAACACUUGAUUUGUUUGGGUUUUUUUUUUUAUUAUUAUUAUUAUUUUUUGUAAAAAUAAAUUGUUGGCUUCAAAGUACAAACUGAAAAUUAACAACAACAAAAAAAUCUUCCACAUGAGUUCUAAUGUGCUUCAGUCUUGUGGUUUCACUGAAUCUCUGUGUUAAUGCGUUAAGUGCCUUUGUCUUAAAGUACAACUGUAAUCCAGCAUUUGUUUAUCUGUGUCAAACUGUUUAUUAAAUGCUACCAAAUAUAUUUUGCCCUUAACUAAUUGGAAUGCUCUUGAUACAUUGGCUUGGAUUGA